GUCAGUCACACCACGACCAGCGCGCAGUCAGCACACACACAAAGCUGAAUUCACCGCUCUGCACCAGCUACGUGCGAAGAGAGGGCAAAAGGAAAAACUGAGAGAAAAAGAACAGUUACUUCAAAUUGUUCAACUGCUUUGCAUUCUUUUUUUGCUGUUCAGUGAUAACCGUACAUGGCAGAAAGUUAAUUCUUCAAGUGCUACGCCACUCUACAAAUUUUGUUGCUAUUGCUGCAGUUGCUGUUCGGCUGCCUGAUCAGUGCUGCCAACUCGCGAUGUAAACAGAAUGCAACAGCAACAAAUCGUCGCACAUUUGCAAUAAUUAAAAGUUGAGAAACACAAUAAUUAGUGAAUAAAAGAAAGAGGAGCGAGGAUGUCGGACCAGCAGCGAGCUUCACUGUGCCCCCGCCUGGUCGACUACAUGGCCAUUGUGGGUGCACACACAACGCCGCCCAUGCCCAAGGGACUGCAGGGCUUCAAGGCGCCGCCGGUGCAGGUGCCCGACUUGCUACGACGCUAUCCGCCCUCGGACCAUGCGGACUUUCCCCUGCCCCUGGACAUGGUUUACUUCUGCCAGCCGGAGGGCUGCACCAGCGUGGGUCCGCGCCGCACGGGCUCGGCCAUCCGGGACAUGACCUCGUUCGUGUUCGCACUGACGGACAAGGACUCGGGCAAGACGCGCUACGGCAUCUGCGUGAACUUCUAUCGGCCCAUUGAGCGGCCCAGCACUGUGGCGGGAUCAGCGGCGGCUGCCAACGAGCGGCAGGGCAGCGGCGGCCAUGCAGCUGGUGGAUCGGGAAACGGCGGACCGGGCGGAGCUGGCAGCGGACGGGGCGGACGACGCUCCUCCGCCUUCCGGCGCGAAUCGUGGCGCAAGAGCAUGGAGCGCAGCUCGGACUCGGCGUUCAGCAGUUACGGCCUCUUAACUACUUCUAGCGACUACAGAAGUAACGUAGCGCCCAGCGACUCGGAUCGUGAACUCACCUCGCGUCGGGACUCUGACCAGCAGCGACUCCACCAGCAGCACCACCAUCACCACCAGCAGCAGCAGCAGCAGCACCAACAGGCACCGCCGCCCACAUCGGUGCCAAAGCUCGGCCUGAUGGCCCCCUCGGCGGACUCGGAGUCCGGUGGCAGCCAUUCGCCGUCGCCGCGAGCCUCCCGCAAGCGGACCAAGCUGCGCAAUCAAUCGCUCACCUCGCUGUGCAUCAUCUCGCACCAUCCGUUCUUCACGACCUUCCGCGAGUGCCUGUUCAUUCUCAAGAAGCUGAUCGAUGCCUGUAACGAGUCCUCCUCCCCGAAGCGCGUGGGCGCCUCACAGAAGCUCAAUCGGGACAAUGUGUGGACGGUGCUGACGGGUCAUGUCAGCGAUGCGACGCCCUCAAUCGUUUUGCAUGAUGUACGCGAGAUCGAGACCUGGAUACUGCGCCUUCUCUCCACCCCGGUCCCAGUGCCAGGAUCGACGCGUGUGGAGGUGGAGGUGCUGUCGCCGACGGUGCAUGAGCCCCUGCUGUUUGCGCUGCCCGAUCACACACGCUUCUCGCUGGUGGACUUUCCGCUGCAUCUGCCACUGGAACUGCUCGGCGUGGAGACCUGCCUGAAGGUGUGGACUCUCAUCAUGCAGGAGAACAAGGUGCUCUUUCAGUCGCGCGACUACAAUGCCCUCUCCAUGUCGGUGAUGGCUUUUGUGACGAUGCUCUAUCCGCUGGAGUACAUGUUCCCGGUCAUUCCACUGCUGCCCACCUGCCUCAGCUGUGCCGAGCAGCUGCUGCUGGCCCCCACACCCUUUGUCAUCGGAGUGCCGGCCUCCUUUCUGGUGUACAAAAAGAACUUUAGGCUGCCCGAUGACAUUUGGGUGGUGGAUCUGGACUCCACAAAGCUGACACCGCCCACCGGCGGCUACGAGGAAAUACCCCCGCUGCCAGAGCCCGAGGGCACCAUCCUAAAGAAUCACCUGAAACAGGCAAUGCUACUAAUGGAUGAAGCUGGACUUGGUGCACUCACCUCUAUGACGGCCACCAAUCAGGCCGUUUCCUCGCAGCAACUUCUGCCCUCGGUGAGGGACAGCCUCCAGGAGCCGCCAUUGCUCGGGGUCUCUCAGAUGCGUUUGCCACUCCAGACGCCACCCCACUCGGCCCAGGCCAGCCAAAGGAACUCAAUGUCAGCCCAGGGCAGCUCCCGACAGCCCAGUCCCAUGAACUCGCCGGCCCUCAAUCCAUUUGUGUACGGCACGGACGUGGACUCGGUGGACGUGGCCACGCGGGUGGCCAUGGUGCGGUUCUUCAACGCCCAGAACACGCUGGCCAAUUUCGCCGAGCACACGCGUACCCUGCGUCUGUAUCCGCGUCCUGUGGUCGCCUUCCAGAUCAACAGCUUCCUUAGGUCGCGGCCGAGGGCCUCGCAGUUCUUGAAUCAGUUUGCGCGGACACAGGCUGUGGAGUUCCUGGCCGAGUGGUCGCUGACACCGACGAAUGUGGCCUUCCUGCGUGUGCAGACGGGCGUCAUGGAUCCCAUGCAGGUGGGGGACAAGCCCAAGUGGUUCGCCCACUCGCUCACGCCCAUCCGCUUCUCGGUGUGGGACGAUGGCAGCUCGCUGAACGGCGCCCUGCGAUCCCUGAAGCAGCUCGAGUGCCAGCCCACGGACGAGAGUGGCUCCGAUUCAGAGGGGGCGGAUAGCAGCAGCUCCUCCUACUCCUCCCUCAGCGACUUUGUCUCGGAAAUGGCCUCCUCGGACCUGUCGCCCAGUGUGCACGACGUAUUUGGCUCCUACAAUCGACCCCAUGUGGUGCCCCAGACGCUCUCCUCGAACCUGGAUCCGGCUCUGGUCUAUCAUCCACCCAGCAAGCUGCAGUAUCCCGAGGGACUGUAUCCCGAUGCGGCUGCCAGCAAGGCGGAGGAUGAGGAGCGCGCCGACUCCCCAGUCUCGUCUUCUUCCAGCCGCUCGGAUCUGAGCUCUCCCAGCUUCAACCGCGACUCGGAGUUUGACUUCCAGCCAAAAACGGGACAAGUGCAGCCUGGACAGCCGGGACAGGCGGCCUUUGAGCUAGCCACGCCACUGUCCAUGCGUCUAGAGGCCACCAUCAAGAUGGCCAGCAUCGAACAGGAGCCGGACACAGGCGCCACGAUGGUAGCUGGCAAGAAUAUAGCCGCCAGUGCCAAGCUUCAGCGACAUCCCAGCGACGUGGAACGGCCCGAGAAGAAGAUACCGCCACCUCUGACGCCGCCCGUGAAGCAGCCGAGCGUCAGCAACAUCCUGGCCCGCACCGGUAGCUCGGGCUCCAGUUCCAGCAGCCCCGGACGCCAGAGCUCGCAGAGUUCGCUGUUCGAGAACUUUGCCUCGCAUGCCAAGGAGCUGGUGCGCGAGACGACGCGCCAGAGCAGCCAGGAGGGACUGCUCGCCCACGUGGACAAGCAUGCGCUGGACGAAGAUCUUGACGACAAAAUGCGUCAUACCUUCGAAAAGUUUACGCUGCAUGCAAAGAAGGCGGCGGGCGAGGCCUCUAAGCAGGCCCUGGAGGUGUCCAAGCAGGCGGCUGGCGUAAGCAAAAAUACCCUCGAGGAUCUCACUUAUGUGGGCAAAUCAACGCUGGGCGAUCUUACGAAGACUGCCAAGGAGGCGGCCACCAAGAAGGGCAUCAUCAAGAACGAGGAGCACACCGGAGGCCCAAUGCCGCCGACUGGCGGUGGCUCCAAGCCACCCGGUUCCCAGAUGCAGAUGCAGAUGCAGAGGCAGUUGCAGCAGAUACCCGGGGGCGGUACCGUUGGCGGAAGUGGUGGAAGUGGCAAUAAUUUCUUCUCAUCUAUCGGCACCGACUUCAACGGCCUGGCCUCCUCCACCUCCACCAUGUUCUCGGGCAUGUUUGGGGGCAAGAAGAAUCAACAGAAGCAGGCUGCAGUGCAGCAAAGACCUUCCAGUGCUGGCUUGGGGAAGGGCAAGUCGGGCAUCAACUUUGAUCCGUUUCCCAGCCGCAAGGGUCUGGUGGAGCGGACACCGCUGAUCAAGCACUCGGGGCCGCGGCAGACGCAGGAGGAGCUUACGCGGCAGCAGAACCAGGAGCGUUCGCACAGCAAUGCCGAGAAUCAGGCCUUCCUCAAGGACGUGACCAAUCAGGUGCUGGCCGGCGAGGGUGUCGGCUGGCUGAAGCUCAAUCGCUUCAGGAAACUCAUGGAGGACGAAUCCUAUCGGACGCUGGUGCUCAGCAAGCUGAACAAGACACUGGACCGCAAGAUAGCUCCCGAUGAUCACAUUGACGAUGUGUGUGUGACCAAGCCCGUGUGGAAGGGAAUGCUCAAGUGUGUGCAGGCCAUUGCCUCCGGCCUGGAUGCGACCUUUGCAAACUUUGGGCUGGGUGGAAUGGCCUCGGUGUUUCAGCUGAUGGAGGUGGCCCACACGCACUACUGGAGCAAGGAGAUCAACGACGGCAGCGACAUGUCCUCCAGCCUGCUCUCCAGCCACGCUGCCAGUCCCCUGGGCAGCCGCGAGAACCUGCGCUCCCCCAGCUCCCCCAACGGCUCGCACUCGGGCCUGGGCAGUGAGUGGGCCUCGCCGCAGGAGUCGCGCAAGAGCUCCACCAACCAUGCGGGCAUGCCAACGUCCCAGGCCGGUGCCACACCAUCGGCCGUAUCGCGACGACUGUCGGCUGCAGACAGCCAGGAUGGCCAGUCAACAACGGAGAUGUUCAAGGACAUGUUGUCACAGAAGAGAAGUGCCUUGAAGAACAUGCUCACCUCGUUCGAUUCGGAUGCUGCUGGCUCUACGGGUGCGCUCUCCGUGGUCAGCGAUCUGCUACCAAUGGGCAGUCUGAGCGUGCGCAUGCCCUCCAGCUGCCGGUCCACGGUUUCAGACACCGAAUACGAAAAUACCACAACGUCAAAGGAUUCGAAGAAGAGCGGAAAUCUGUGGUCGGGCAAGUCAACGCUUAGUGCCGGCUUCCGCUACACGGGCGGACAUCUGAUCAACACCUCCUCAUCCCCGUCGCCGGACAGUCCGCGGGUGUACCUAUUCGAGGGGCUGCUGGGCAAGGAUCGCUUGAAUCUCUGGAACCAGAUGCAGUUCUGGGAAGAUGCUUUCCUCGAUGCUGUCAGCCAGGAGCGUGACAUGAUUGGCAUGGAUCAGGGUCCCAUUGAGAUGAUGGAACGCUACAAGUCGCUGAGUGAAUCGGAGCGGAAGCGUCUCGAGCACGACGAGGAUCGUCUACUCUCCACAAUGCUGUACAACCUGACGGCCAUCCUUGUGAUGCUGAAUGUGGGCAAGGAUGAGAUUCGACGCAAGAUCCGCCGGCUGCUGGGCAAAAGUCACAUUGGACUGGUCUACUCCCAGGAGGUGCACAAUGUUGUCGAUCAAAUCAAUAAUUUGAAUGGAAAUGAUAUUGACCUAAAACCACUGGGAUCGAGGCUGCUGCAUCGCCAGAGCUUCACUGUCCACCAAGGCACCGAUGUGAAUGGACCACUGCGCUUCAUGGAGGUGCGCGACGAUGGCCUGGUGCUGCGCUCCGUGGACGGCACAAUUGUGGAGCGCUGGUGGUACGAGCGGCUGGUCAACAUGACCUACUCGCCCAAGACCAAGCUGCUGUGCCUCUGGCGGCGCAACGGCGGCCAGACCCAGUUGCACAAGUACUACACGAGAAAGUGCAAGGAGCUGUACAAUUGCAUCAAAGAUGCAAUGGAGCGAGGUGGAACUCCGACCAAUGUGCCCGAGCUGGGCGGUGAGUUUCCCGUGCAGGACAUGAAUACGGGCGAGGGUGGCCUGCUGCAGGUCUGCCUCGAGGGUGUCGGUUUGUUAUUCUCCAACAGCAAGGAUUUCGAGUUCUUUGUGCGCCUGGACCACAUCCGCAAGUGCUUCACCCAGAAGGGCGGCAUCUUCGUGCUGGAGGAGUACAAUCCCAAGACGCGCAAUCUCAUCCAGCGGAAGUAUCAGUCGAGCAUGUCCGACCAGAUCUGCUAUUCGGUGCUGUGCGUCUUCUCCUAUGUGGCGGCCGGGCAGGACCAGAAAAAGAAUCCCGUUGUCAUCACGCCUCAAAUCCAGGACAUACACGCCCAGCAGAAGCAAAAGCAUCAAUCGCAGUCGCAGUCUCAGUCGCAGCAGCAGCAACAGCUACCAACUGCAGCUAAUCCCGCCCAGAACCGCAGCAGCGGCAAGCAGCAGGGCGGCAACAUCACCAUUAGGCAUACGGUGCCGAUGCAGAAGCCGACAAUCACCAUGUCCACAGUCCAGCCGCAGGCCAGGAUGCCCUCCUCGGUCACAGUGACUGCUGCUCCAGUUCCAGUUCCAGCUCCAGCUCCAGUUCCAGCUCCAGUUUCGGUUCCAGUUUCAGCUCCCAAUCAGCCCGCCACAGGCGCAGCAACAGCCACAACCAUUGUGAGUCCCACGCCGCAUGGAAAGCUGCCACAGCUGCCGCCCCGAGUGCCCUCCCAGCCGUCGACGGAGAGCCUGGCAUCGAUCAGCUCGCCGCCGCCCAAGCAACGACUGGGCGGACCACCGCCCGGCCCCCCACCGGCCAUACCGCCUCGGACGGGGGCAAUCGCUCGCAGCGGAUCCGUGCAGGCGCAGCAGCAGCCGCCGCCGCAUCAAUCGGGGACGCGCUCCUUUGUGCGCCAGGCCUCGGCGAACUCGACGCCGCCGCAGUACACGCCCCAGCCGCCGCCGCCCUUCGUCAUACCCAAGCGGCACACCGGGCUGGCCCGCGCCUCCACGCUGACGGGGGCACAGGCCAGCUCGCACCAGCAAGCGCAGCAGUCGCAGCAGCGCGCCAGCUAUGGCAGCGUCGCCGCUGUGCUGCAGUCCAUGCCGGAGGCGGAGGCUGGCCCCGGCUCUGGCUCGGGCUCCGGGCCCGGAUCCCCUUCCGGCUCUGGCUCUGGCUCUGGCUCCGGCUCCGUUGCAGGCCCUUCGCCACAGGCCCACCGCAAACACUGACGAAGGAGUUCAUUCUUCAAAUUCGGUGGCGGCGGCGGCGGUGGCAAGAGCGAUGUAACUGCUGCAGCCGCAGCCGGAGGCGGAGGCGGAGGCGGAGGUGGUGGACAUAUGGGCGAGGUGCCGCAUCCGCACAGCCACAGGCGCGAUGUGUGCCGCACCAUAUGCAUUCCCUGGCUGUGAUCCGCCAGCCAGGAGAGCCUAGAUCGAGCGUAGAGCUAAUUUGCAGUCGCAUUUGUGGAUCAGCCACUAAGCCAUUCCCCGCACAUACCAUAAGGUUCCAAUGCAACUUUCAGUCUGCCUCACGGUAGAUCCCAACACCAAAAUGGACCCCAUAAAUAUAUCCAUCUGCACGGAUAGCAUAGCAUAAAUUAUAAACUAAAUAUUUGAAUAUAUACGAGUGCGAGGACGCACCAUACCAUACAGUUCCGAUAUCCAUUUUCAGAACCCUUCGCACGAGUAGAUGUCAGAUGUAUUAUGUGUAUCGCCAAUGCAAAUCUUAGCUCUAGCCACGAUCAUAUCAUUAGCCGCCACUAACUAUGCCAACACACACACACACACACACACACACAAGUUGUUUCCUGCUCAGCUUUAAGGCAAAAA